AUGACUUCAGCCGACCUUCACACCGCGCUUUUGCGCCCGGCAGUUCUUCAAAUUCUUCGUGCCGCUGGCUUCAGCGCCGCGCGACCCGUGGUGAUCGAUACUGUCACCGAUCUCGCAGCUCGCUAUCUUCUCUUGUUGGCGUCUUCGACCGCUCAAAACGCGUUCAAUACCCACAACACUUUCGUGCCGACUAUCCAGGAUGUGAGGCUCGCGCUGACCCAGGCUGGAGCGUUGGUGCCGCAGAUGAACACCGUGGAGGAGAGCGUGAGGGGCGACGUGGAGAUUAUGGAAGGGGUGUGGGUUCCAUUUGAGGAUUUACGAGGAGUCGAGGCGUUCGUGAACUGGGCGCAUGGGCCGGUCAAUAAGGAGAUCAGGAGGAUCGCAGGCUUUGGGGACGAUGUAAACGUGGAGGAGAUUGCGGCAGGAUUGGACGAGCAGGAAGAUUAUGUUUCUGCGUUGAAGAAGCGCCACAGCAAGACCGGCGAAGCAGUCCGCUACCAAGGCACCGUUCUCGGCAAGGACACAGAACUACAAGCGGUAACAAUCGUGGGCGGACCUGCUGCUUCGAUUGCAGAAUGGACACAAAAGUCCUUCGCCGCCACUCGAGCUUCCUCCAACCUGCGCCCUGGCCAGGACGAGGGUGCUGCCACCCCAGCGACAUCCGGUAUCAGCAGUGCACCGCUCACUCCGAUUGAUUCUGAAUGA